UUUGAAGUUAUCCUAUUGACUGAUAGCAGGAUAUCUUAAGAGAAUCAAUAGCUGGGAGGUAAUAUAAGAGAUGUUUGCAGUAAAGACAAUGAAGUUUAAUUGCUGGAGUGCAACAUGAGAGGUUUAGUUGUAUUUGUGUUGUUCUUCGCUAGUACUGCAGCGGUUCCUGCUAAUCCUAUGAGAAUAGUUGGAGGAAACCUGACAACAGUGGAACAGUAUCCAACUAUCGCUGCGUUGCUUUAUUCUUUCUUCGGGACGAGCUUCAGCCAGUCCUGUGGUGGAACAGUCCUCAAUAGAAGAUCUAUCCUCACCGCUGCUCAUUGCCCCUAUGGUGAUACAACUGUAAAUUGGCGUGUUCGCGUGGGGUCAAGCUUUGCCAAUAGUGGUGGGAUUGUACACACGUUGACUGCCAUCUUCAUCCAUCCGAAGUUUAACCAGCGUAUCAUUGACUAUGACGUGUCAAUCCUGCGGACUACUGACGUCAUCGAGUAUGGAAAUGUGGUUCGACCUGCUUCAAUAGCUGGGUCUUCGUAUAACCUUCCUGAUAAUUCAGUUGUUUGGGCAGCUGGAUGGGGCACUACUUCUUCUGGUGGAUAUCCUUCAGAACAACUACGACACGUGCAGCUGUGGACAGUGAACCAAGGUCUCUGCAAGUCUCGAUAUGGGUCCCGAAACCUGAACAUUACUGAAAACAUGUUGUGUUCCGGAUGGCUGGACGUCGGUGGUCGUGACCAGUGCCAGGGUGACUCUGGCAGUCCUCUCUACCACAAUGGAGUAGUUGUUGGCGUCUGCUCGUGGGGCGUUGGCUGCGCAUCAGCUCAGUACCCUGGAGUCAACUCCAGAGUGUCUCGAUUCACAAACUGGAUUCAGAGUCAAGCGAGACUUUAAAAAACAAUUUUGUAAACGAAUACAGAUUGCGUUUUAAAAAGUGUUUUAUUUUAUAUAUUUAAUGCUGUAAAGUGAGGUCAUGUAUCGUCCACAUGAGUGAUUAGAAAUUUUGCAGUUUAUGUACUUAGUUAUAAUAAGACGGCAGCUUUUAUUAAAAAACAUGAAAUUUUGAUGAA